AAGAGAGAGACCCGCUGCUGUUGAUGUUUAUAUAGCUGUGAGGAUUCAACCUUAUAUGCCACAAUGAUGACUGAGAUCUCAACAGCUGCUGCGUUUAUCACAAGUUUGCUGAAAACAACCGGGGUCAUAGAGGAGAGGCAGCUGCAGCACUUCUGCCAGGUCCUACAGGAGGCCAUGAAGGAUCAUUAUAAACACCACUGGUUUCCGCAGAACCCUUUCAAAGGAUCAGGGUACCGUUGCUUGAGAAUUAACCACAAAAUGGACCCCUUGAUAGGACAGGCAGCAGGUCACAUUGGGCUCAGCCACCAGAGACUGUUCCAGCUUCUCCCCAGCGAGCUGACUCUUUGGGUUGACCCUUUUGAAGUCUCCUAUCGCAUUGGUGAGGAUGGGUCCAUCUGUGUAUUGUAUGAAGGAGCCGCAGCAGGGGGCAAGCCUAUUGAAAACCAUGCAAGCUGCAAGGAUGCACUUAGAAUUGGCCGGAAUAGCCCCUCCAAAAAUUACAGCAUAAUGACAGUUUCUAGUUAAACAGCUGAAAAAUAAAUCAGGAAUUGUACAAUUACGUAUGUGUCCCUCUUCUGCCUUGAUUUGCGUUAAUGUUUCAUCUUCAUUCCAUAAACAUUAAAACUGUAAUACUGCCAAAAAUGUACCGUCUUGUUGCAGAAGGUGAAUGUAGAAUACCAUCUGGGGCAAAAAGCUCUUAUUGUCAUUUCUGUCUUUCUUUUAUGACAUUUUCUCGCUCCGGUCUCUGAAAUUGUACAUUGUAAAAUGAAAUCAUGAGUCAAGAGAGAAUUUAUAUUUUGGUAUAACCAUUGGCUCUUUUUAAUAAAAAGAAAAACUAUUUUA